AUGCCCGCGGCCUCAAUGGGGCAGGUCACUAGCAUAUCAUCCGGCUCUUCAGCGCCGCCCAACGACCCUUCUAAGCCAUAUCCGACGGUUUUCAACUACAUUCGGGUUCCAGGUCCAUGGGACACGGAUAACGCUAAUUUCAAAGUGCCAGAACUGAACGAAGAAGACAUAGUAUACGUUACAAAGGGACGCCGUUUGGCAUGGGGAGGAACGGCAAUUCUUGAGCAGCUGCCCUCUGGUGCAGUCAUCAAAACCCCAAUCCCAAAUCCACUCUGUCCACCCCUGGCGGAGGACUGCCUGCGGAAUAUGCGUGUUGAGGCACAAGUUUAUCGCAGGAUUGGUGAACAUGCACGCAUACCAAAGCUCCCCCACUGGGAUCCAGAUAAUUGCUGUCUAACCAUGGAGUACCUACAGAAUGGGAAUCUCAAGGAAUACAUAAGACGUAACAAACACAGUACUAUACCACCAGACCUGUGUCUCCGAUGGGCCCAACAAGCCGCUGAGGGUCUGAUGGUCCUUCAUGCUGCUAAAGUCAUUCACUGUGAUCUGUGUCCCAGAAACUGUCUACUGGACUCGGACCUUAGUCUGAAGAUCUGUGAUUUUGGCGGUGCAUCCCUUUCUGGUUCAGAACCAUCAGCCACCCCAGCAACAAGAUUCUUACACCCCUUUUAUGACUAUAAUAUCCUACCAGUGUUUAGAGAUGAUCUAUUCAGCCUUGGGUCAUUGAUUUACUUCAUCAUGACUGGGCAUUAUCCUUAUGAGGAGGCCCCCAGUGACGAAGUUAUCAAACACUAUGAAACACAGAAGUUCCCAGAUACAAGAAAUGUUGGUUUCGACAAGUUAAUACGGCUCAGGCGGUUUUCGAGUACCUAA